AUGCUGCGGUACAGUGUGUUGGUGUUUGCCGUAGUGGCUUUUGCCGCGGCUGAAAACGCUUAUAAAGUUUUCAGAAUUACUCCAGAAAAUGAAGAACAAUUUGAAUUCUUAUACAACCUCGAUGACAAAGUAGAAGGCUUUGACUUCUGGAAAAGUCCCAGCUUUGUAUCUCAAGCUGCAGAUCUGAUGGUUGCACCCGAAAAGCUGAGUUAUUUCUCUGAGCUCAUGGCCUCAAAGAACAUCAAAUACGAAUCUUUCAUCGACAACGUUGAAGCGCUUCUCGAAAUUGAAUCCAACAAUAGAACUCGCAUUCCAUCACAGACUCGUGCUGCUACAUUUGGCUGGACAUCGUACCACACUUUGGAAGAGAUUUACAGCUGGCUAGACUCGCUCGCACAGCGUUACCCGAGCAACGUAGAGGUCAUAAUCGGUGGUCGUACCUACGAGGGUCGCAAGAUCAAGGGUGUCAAGCUGUCCUUCGCCGAGGGGAACAAGGGAGUCUUCAUCGAGGGUGGCAUCCACGCGCGUGAAUGGAUCUCCCACGCUACCGUCACGUACCUCAUUAAUCAGUUCCUGAUCAGCAAGGAUCCAGCCAUUAGGAAGGUUGCUGAAUCUUACGACUGGUACAUUUUCCCCGUUUUCAAUCCGGACGGUUAUGCUUUCACCCAUAUCAACGUAAGUAACGCUUCGAUGAGGAUGAACUUUCUAGCUCCCAUUCCGUUCUCCGGCUGCUAUGGCACGGAUAUGAAUCGCAAUUGGGGAUUCGAGUGGAUGAUUAAAAUUAUUACUUUAGCCGUUGGCGCCAGCAACGACCCAUGCUCCGAAGCUUACGCAGGAAAAUACGCCUUUUCUGAAAUGGAGACGGAAACUUUGUCCAAGUACAUCACCUCCAUUUCCGACAAAUUGUUUGCUUACAUAGCGUUCCACAGCUACUCCCAAUUCUUGAUGUUCCCCUAUGGACAUUCCAAGGCUCAUUUGGAUAACUACGACGAACAAUACGCCAUCGGUAAAAAGGCAGUUGAAGCUCUCUCAAGGCGAUACGGCACUUAUUAUAAACUUGGAAACAUUGGUGAAGUUAUUGGGUAUGCUAGUGGUACUUCUUUGGAUUGGGUGAAAUCGAGUUUCAAAUUGCCUCUGGUUUACAUCUACGAGUUGCGUGAUAGAGGAAACAGCGGUUUUGUCCUUCCUCCCAACCAAAUCAUUCCUAAUGGACAAGAAGUUAUGGACUCUCUGGUGGCUCUCUUUGGAGAAGCAAACAAAUAUGGCUAUCCUAAGUAGAAGCCGACUUGUACCUGUUUUAGAUUUAUUCUAAAUGAUGUAAUAUACGAGAUAUCUGAAUAAAUUAUUUAUUGAUAUUAUUGAUCAUUAAUAAAAGUAAAUGUUUUAUCCUUUCAUGUACUUCUUGAUCUCAAAAUAUGUCUUGGAAAAGUUGAGGGUGACUAUGCUUUUUACGAUACGACCCUGAUU